AUGGCAGCUGAAGAGAAAGACCAGGAGAAGUUCAACAAGAAGGAGGAAGAACCUCAAGCUUCAAAGAAGGAAAAACAAGUCAUGGAGGAGCAUCCACAAGAAAAGAAGAAGGAGGUGAAGCUUUACACUCCUCCUCUUCCAUAUCCUCAAAGGUUCAAAAAGGAGCUUAAGGAUCAACAAUUUCCCAACUUCCUAGAGGUUUUCAAGAAGCUGGAAAUAAACAUCCCACUUGUUGAAGCAUUAGAGCAGAUGCCAUUUGCUGUAAUUCAGAGAGGUUUACCACCAAAGCUCAAAGACCUUGGGAGUUUCAUCAUAUCCUGCACCAUAGGAAAUAUGAUCUUAGAGAAAGCUCUCUGUGAUUUAGGUGCCAGCAUCAACCUGAUGCCUCUCUCAUUAAUGAAGAAGCUUGCAAUAGAAGAAGUUAAGCCCAUAAGAAUAUCACUCCAAAUGGCUUAUAGAUCACUCAAGAUACCCAAUGGAGUUGUAGAAAAUUUGUUGGUAAAAGUUGAGGAAUUCAUUUUCCCUGCCAACUUUGUCAUAUUAGACAUGAAAGAAUAG